AUGACGGUCAUGGCUGCUAGCAGCACUAAUAUACUGAGUUCUGCUCCAGAAGUUGGCAGUUGGGCGGAAGCCGUGGAGCAAGAUAAUUUACCGAGUAAUGAUGUGAACGAAGAUGGUGUCAAAACUGUCGUCGCUUAUAUCGAGGAGGAUGGAUCACGAUACAAGGUGGGUUUGUCACUCAAUUCAAAGUUAUUACCAAAAACGUGCCCAAAAGUGGUCGCUGAGCGAAAGAAAAUGGUGAAGUUUGGACUUUGUCGAGAUGAACCUGCUGGCCCACAGGUUUCCACUACUUACGUGGCUGAAGAAGUGGAAAUGCAGUUCACCAGAAAUCGUGCCGGAGAACAGAUUCUGGACGUGCAAGAGGAUAAACAAGCAGCCAAAGUCACGAGCAGAGAACAUUGUCGUCACUGCAAAGGAAACGAUCACUGGAGCACAAACUGUCCAUACAAGGAGAUGUAUCAAGUGGAUGAAGAAAUCGAUGCAGCAGAAACUGCAGAGAAGGAGCGUGCAGCAGCUGCUGCUGGCGGUCGGUAUAUUGCUCCAGGAAUGCGCGGAGAUGCUCGGCAAGUAGAUCGAAGGUCCGAUGAGAACACCUGCAGAGUGACAAACCUUCCUCAAGAAAUGGAAGAAGCCGAACUUCGAGAGCUAUUUGCAGCCAUUGGAAGAGUCGUGCGUGUGUUUAUUGCUAGAGAUAAGAUCACAAAUCAGCCGAAAGGAUUCGCUUUCGUCACUUAUGAAAUGCGAGAGGAUGCCGAACGAGCGAUAGCCAAAUUGAACGGAAUACGAAAGCACCACAUGGUUCUCAAGGUUGAAUGGACUAGGCCAAGCAACUGA